UUGACAAUUCGGAGAAGCCCCGCCCCAGGUGUCAGGGGAGCGGAGGAGACGAGAAGAAGUCAUUAUUAGAAAACGAAACCUAAGGUUCUUGAGAAGAAAACCGACGUCGAAACAAUUCUCUCGUUAUAAAUAAAACUAAAACGAAUUUAGGAACAAAUACUCGGACAGACAGAAACCACAACAAGGAAUGGCGGCUGCUAACGCUUGCUGGUCUGGAGAGAACUUUUCAUGUUCCAUCUGUCUGGAUGAGUUCAGAAGCCCAGUUUCCACACCAUGUGGACACAACUUCUGCAGAACCUGUAUUACAAAGUUCUGGGAUGACCAAGUCCAGUACAAAUGUCCUUUAUGCAACGAGCUUUUCCACACUAGACCCGGUUUACGGGUCAAUACCCUCUUAUCAGAGUUGGCAGCUCAGAUUAAAACGUCUGUUCGAGUAAAAGAGAAGCCUUUUGUUGAUUCAGCAGAAGUUCCCUGUGACGUCUGUACUGGGACCCAGCUGAAGGCCGUGAAGUCCUGCCUAAUGUGUUUAAUCUCUUACUGUCAAACCCACCUCGAGCCACAUCAGAGAGUUGCAGGCCUGAAGAAACAUGUACUAGUCGAGCCUAUGGACCGUCUGGAAGACCGGAUGUGCAGGAAACACGACCGACUUCUGGAGCUCUUCUGCCAGACCGAACAGGUGUGUGUGUGUCAGUUCUGCACAGAGGCAGACCACAGGUCCCAUCGUGUUGUUCCUCUGAGGGAGGAAUAUGAAGUGAGGAUGGCCCAGCUGGGGAAGAUAGAGGCUGAAGUUCCGCAGAUGAUCCAGGAGAGAAAACAAAGGAUUAAAGAGAUCAAAGACGAAGUAGAGCUGGGUAAAAAAGACGCAGACAGAGAGAUAGCCGAUGGUAUUCAGGUCAUGACAGAUCUGAUGCGCUGCAUUGAAAAGUGGCAGGAUGAUUUCAACCAAACGGUUCAGGAGAAACUGAAAAUCACUGAGCAACGAUUUGAAGACCUCAUCAAAGAGUUGGAGCAGGAAAUAGAAGAUCUGACCAACAGAAGCGCCGAAGUGAGGAAGCUCUCACACACUAAAGACCACCUCUACUUCCUCCAGGCCUUCAGAUCCCUGAAGGAACCUCCACCCACCAUGGACUGGACGACGGUGGUCUGUCCUCCGUCAUACGAAGGGACCUUGAGGAGAUCCCUGGAUCAGCUGGAGGAGACACUGAACAUGGAGACGAAGAAGCUCUGUGAUGCUGCUGAACUGAAGAGGGUCCAGCAGUAUGAAGUAGAUGUGACUCUGGAUCCCGAUACAGCUUAUCCCGGUCUCAUCCUGUCUGCGGAUGGGAAACAAGUACAUGAUGGAGGUGUAAGGAAGAAACUCCAAAACAACCCUAAGAGAUUCACAUAUUAUCCCCGUGUUCUCACGAGGCAGAGCUUCUCCUCAGGGAGGUUUUACUUUGAGGUCCAGGUGAAAGACAAGACUGCAUGGCGUUUAGGAGUGGCCAGAGAGUCCAUCGACAGAAAAUGUGCCAUCAAAGUGACCUCUGAGAUGAGUUACUGGACUCUUCACUCCUACGGCGAUGAGAUGGUGUUUAACGACGACCCUGAUGUUCAUCGCCCUCUGAGAGCUGAGCUCCAGAAGGUGGGGGUGUUUGUGGAUUAUGAUCAGGGCGUGGUAUCCUUCUAUGAUGUGGAGGCCAGGGUUAAUCUCUGCUCCGCUAUUGGCUGCAGCUUUAGGGAGCCUCUCUAUCCAAUGCUCAGUCCAGGUUUAAUUGAAGGAGGUGCAAACUCUGCCCCCCUGAUCAUCUCACCUGUCAAUCAAACAGACUAGGAUAAUAAAAUUAAGAAGCAACCGCAUGACUAAGGUUGUUUCCUGAAGGAGAAUGUCUUCUGUGUGAGAUCUGAAAGAAAUGAUAGUUCUUCUGUUAAUUAACUAAUUAUUCAAGAAAAUAACAUAUUAUGAAACAUAACCCAUUAUAAAGGAUCAGAUAACACUAUGUUCAAAGUUUUGUUUCAAGUUAAAUCCUAUACUAUAAUUGUAAACGAUUUCAAUUAUGUAGAAUAUGUUGGGGGGAACAAUUUUCAUAACAUAAUAAUCUUUUUUAAAAUACUAGUUUAUACUUCUGAAUAACGAAUUAAAUGUUUGUAAACUUUUCUGAUUCAAUAAUAAAUUGCAAAAAAAAUGCACCUUCUCAUUGGAAUAGUUGCGUUGUGAGUACUGCAUAAUGUUUUCAGCAGAAUAGGUACUUCCUCACUACAAUGUGUGAGCAGUAGAAUAGGUACUUGGUCGAGUUGCUUCAGUGUCCAAUGUCAACAAUAACAACAGAAAACCAAUCAAAAAAGAGUCUUGUACAUGAAGGCACCUCCUAGCUAUCCCUGAAAUCCCUCAAUCUGUGCUCUACUAACCUGGCCUAUUCAGUUGUGACUUCUAAUCGCCAGUAGGUGGCAAUGUUGGUCUACGUUACUGUUCUCCCUGCAGAUUCCUGUUGUUAUUCGUCUCCGACCGAUUAUUGAGAUUUAAAUCUUUAAUUAAUGGGUUGCAUCGUCUCCGACCGGACAAUGUUCAAAUAUAAUCUUCUAUGAUUCAAAAAGUAGGCCUAUACAAUCUCAUUGCAAAAAAUAUUUAAGAUGUAUGUAUUUUAAUAUAGCCAACGUUUUUAUGUUUAAUUAAAGGUUGGGUAUGGGAUUUGCGAAACGCCAGCAGAUUUUGAAAAUAAACAACUCAAAUGGUCCUACCCCCUCUCCUUCAACGCUGACUCUGACUCCACCCAUUCCAAGUACAUGGACGCGCAAUCAUACACGAGCGAACACAGAUGCGCGAGAGCGAGCCAUAAGCUAGUUAGCUAGCUCCAGUAGCUACCGCAGGAUAACAACAAACAGAAGCUUGCUCUGGGUCACGAGCUUUGAGUACGUGCACGAAGGGGUCGGGCGGGGAGCAGGGGAGUGCAGCAUGACCGUUUGAUUGACGUACUUACUGUCCAAUGCCACUCGGUGGCUCUGGAAAUCAUUGGCUGGAGUUUUUCGAGCCCUGCCCGUUCCACAGAUGAUUGACUUGUUUAAUUUUCAUGUCAGUACUUCUAACUCAGUGGCUGUAAGUGGGUUAUGAUAAGGAUUUCAAGUAAUUUUGCAAAAAUGGCCAAAAAAGCGAAUUCCAUACCCAACCUUUAAGGAAGAUAAAACAUCUGCUAUCCUAGAACGCUACCUUAGCUAAUUUGAUAGUAGACAGUAAAGCCAUGCAUUCACGCACAGAUGUGCCUGUCAACUACGCUGGUCCAAACUAGAUCCAGUUGACUUGGUUAACAGGUGAUAGCCUGGAAGUUUCAAACAAACUGUUCUUCUUACACUCUGUGCUAGUCUGAAAGUCAGCCAAUGAACUCGGGCUCCAUAUUUUGAGUGACAAGUGACAAGUGUCAAAAUGCAUACAGUAAAUGUUCCAUGUGAGUAAUGCGCUAACGUAACCGUGGUGACGGCGAAGUGGAAAAUGUGAUUCGGAUGGCAGGUUUUUUAGAGAUUGCCAUUCUGGAAAAUCCUGUUUUCCUAACCUGGACAUUUUCUGCCACGCUAUGGAUUUACCAACUGAUGAAAGAUAUACUCGGUAACACACACACACACACACACACACACACACACACACACACACACACACACACACACACACACACACACACACACACACACACACACACACACACACACACACACACAGA